AUGCGCUUCCAAACAGCUAUUCUGGUGCUCCUGACUAUCUUCCUUGCCGGUGUACAACGCUCCUGCUCGGCCAUUCAUGCGUACCCGCUUAACUUGUCGCUUAGUCGCUCCGACCAAAACCGCAAGACACUUGGAAGGUUCCUCAGACUAGGCGAUGAAGAAAACAGGAUGGCUCCUGUUUCAGCCCUUGAAACAGCGAUCAAGGCCGCGAUGCCACAGUUGACAAAUUCGAACAAGCUUCUGCUGCGUUGGUAUCGGCUAAAAAACAAACGCAUAGACAAGACGCUCAAGAGUUUUGAUCUCGGGAAGAACGUGGAUACACUCUUGACCGACCCCAAGUUAAGCAUCUUGCUACACUACAUCCCUAUGUACAACAAGAAGAACCCCAAAAACGUCAUGACCACG